AUGAAGAUCCACGCAUUCCUGGUGUUAUGCUUUGUUGGUACAAUAACAUCGAAAGAAAAUGAAACACAGCAGAGAGAAAAACGUCUUUCAAGUGAAAUUGCUGAACUUAUCGGCGCAGCAUUGUCCAACGGAGCUACACUUGCAUCUGCCAGUGUUUCUUCAUUGCUAGCAGAAGAUUAUAGCAUCGCAGUGGCUGGGUCAAUUGAGAACUACAGCAAAUGGUUUUUAAAAUUGGAAGAAUGUGAACUUGUCAGGGGGCAGAUGAAUGUUCCGAUGCAUCACGUUAGAUCUGGAUAUCGCGAAGGGUUUGCUAGUCACAAAACAGGGCAUACGGCCACUGGAUCAUAUCAGCGCUGUACAUUUAAAGGCCACAACAACUUCAUUCAUAUAAUGUACUCUGCUCCGUAUUCGUUUGACCUUCACAAAAACUGGCUUGGUGUAGCAAUAUGUCCAACAGACGACAAUGAAUGCCGAGAAAUGACUGCAGAUAAAAUGUAUUAUCAAAAGUCCACAUUUGCGUCUAUAAAAGAAUAUUACGAAAACGCCAAUCCCCUGAUGCAAUGCAGAGGUGACUUCUGUUUUACUGGUGUAAUGGGAACUAACCACAAACCUAAAAUUGAUAUUAAAAUUUACCCGAAAAGCUACGACAAUCUGUCAACAAAUGUAAAAUCUUCAGCCCCUAAAGACAAAUGGACACAGGACGAUUACAAAAAAUUUAUCGAUGAUAUUGUUGGUUCGGCUUGA